AUGGCUUCUGUUAGUGCUGCUUUGAAAUCAAGAGUUCGUCGACCACAACUGUUGAAGAAAGUGAUGACACCUGAAGAUACUCUUUCUUUCUUUAAAAACGGACAAUAUCUUGGUUGGUCUGGCUUUACAGGCGUUGGGUAUCCUAAAAUGAUUCCUGUUGCCUUAGCUGAGCACGUUGAGAAAAACAACUUACAAGGUCAAAUGAAAUUUAACCUCUUCGUUGGUGCCUCCUCAGGUGCUGAAUGUGAAGAUCGCUGGGCCCAAUUAGAUAUGAUUGAUCGUCGUUACCCUCAUCAAGUGGGUAAAAAUAUCAAGAAGGGUAUUAAUGAAGGGCGUAUUCGAUUUGCUGAUAAGCAUCUUUCUAUGUUCCCUCAAGACCUUCUUUAUGGUUUUUAUACGAAGGAUAAACCCAACAACAAGCUGGAUAUCGUUAUCGUCGAAGCAACUGCUAUCACUGAAGACGGCUGGAUUGUUCCUGGUGCUUCUGUGGGCGCUACACCUGAAUUGAUUCAAAUGGCUGACAAGAUCAUUAUUGAAGUCAAUACACGUAUUCCUUCUUUUGAAGGUCUUCACGAUGUCAAUUUGAGUACUGUUCCUCCCAACCGCAAGCCUUACUUAAUCAUGAAUGUAGAGGACAGAAUCGGAUCAACUGCCAUCCCGAUUGAUACCGAUAAAGUCAUUGCUGUCGUUGAAAGUAAUAGACCUGAUAAAACUGGCCCUAAUACACCUGCCGAUCAUAAAUCAGAAGCGAUUGCCAAUCACCUUAUUGAAUUCCUCGAAUAUGAAGUCAAGAAGGGCCGUCUUCCUGAAAACUUAUUACCUCUUCAAUCAGGUAUUGGUAAUAUUGCUAAUGCGGUUAUUGGCGGUCUAGCCAAGUCAAAGUUCAACAAUGUUACAGUGUAUACUGAAGUGUUACAAGAUACCUUUUUGGAAUUCUUUGAUUCCGACAAGCUAAAAUUCGCCAGUGCUACUUCGAUCCGCUUCUCCCCUGAAGGCUUUGAUCGCUUCUAUGACAACUGGGCUAAAUACAAAGAUAGACUUCUUUUGAGAUCUCAACAAGUCUCCAAUCAUCCUGAGAUCAUCCGUCGUUUAGGCUGUAUUGCCAUGAACACACCUGUCGAGUUUGACAUGUACGGCCAUGCUAACUCUACUUUAGUUUGCGGCUCUGGUAUGUUGAAUGGUCUCGGUGGCUCUGGUGACUUUUUACGUAACGCCAAAUUGAGUAUUAUGCACACACCUUCUACUCGUCCCUCCAAAAUCGAUCCCAACGGUGUGUCUUGUGUUGUGCCUAUGGUGUCUCAUGUCGAUCAAACAGAACACGAUUUAGACGUCUUUGUCACCGAACAUGGUUUAGCAGAUCUUCGUGGCUUGUGUCCUCGUGAACGUGCUCAAUUGAUUAUUGAUAAAUGUGCUCAUCCUGAAUAUAAGCCUCAACUCCAGGACUACUUUGAUAUGGCUACUAAGAAAUGCCUCGCUGCUGGUAGAGGUCAUGAACCUCAAAUGCUCGAUAAGGUCUUCAAAAUGCAUACCAACUUGUUAGAAAAUGGUACCAUGAAGCUAGACUCUUGGUAA